GGUGCCGGGAGGAGGACGUGUGCACAUCCUCAUUGCACCACGAGAGGCGCCGGUGUCUCUAGUGGUGGCGCCUGCUUCUGCGGAGACUGCGGCUUCUGUCUGAUUGUUUUUCCUCUCCUCCUCCAUCCCUUCCACAUCCCACAGCCUAGUGUAGAGAACUUUCAACGGAGGACUGUGGAGACCAUCUAUAUUGAAAUGGAGAACCAAGAAUCAACAGAUUCGUCUCAGAGCGCCAAACAGCACAUUAUUUCAGAGGAGUUGAUUUCAGAAGGAAAAUGGGUCAAAUUUGAAAAAACAACUUACAUGGAUCCUACUGGUAAAACUAGAACUUGGGAAACAGUGAAACUUACAACCAGGAAGGGACAAUCUGCUGACGUCGUGUCAAUCAUCCCAGUGCUGCAAAGAACUCUUCAUUAUGAGUGUAUUGUUCUGGUGAAGCAGUUCCGACCCCCAAUGGGUGGCUACUGCCUGGAGUUUCCAGCAGGGCUCAUCGAUGAUGGUGAAAGCCCAGAAGCAGCUGCUCUUCGGGAGCUGGAGGAAGAAACUGGCUACAAAGGUGACGUUGCUGAAUGUUCUCCAGCUGUGUGUAUGGAUCCAGGCUUGACAAACUGUACCACACACGUGGUGACAGUAACCAUCAAUGGAGAUGAUGCAGAAAAUGUAAGGCCGAAACCCAAACCAGGGGAUGGAGAAUUUGUGGAAGUGAUUUCUUUACCAAAGAAUGACCUACUGACUAGACUUGACGCUUUGGUAGCAGAAGAACAUAUUACAGUGGAUGCCAGGGUCUACGCCUAUGCUCUGGCACUGAAACACGCCAACUGGAAACCAUUCGAAGUGCCCUUCCUCAAAUUUUAAGGCCAAGGAGGACACUGGCCGUGUUUUGUAAAUGAGACGACAAGGCCUUCACUAUUCAAUGUGUUCAAUUAAGUUUAAUGUAGAUUGGAAAUCAUUUUUUUAUUCAUAAAAUAAAAGCAGCACAGACUAAA